AACAAUGAACUUAUUGUACUUAUGAACAAAAAGGUUAGAGCACACCUGUUGUUGGAUCACAAUGCCAGAUUUCUCAAGAGCACCCUAGUGAAUAGAUGUGUAACAUAGGAAAUAAAUACCAUGAAUUUAAUAAGAAUCAGUCACUUAAAUAUACUAUUAGUGUUAAUAAAAAUAGUAUAUUCAGAGAAUGAUGACAGUUAUGAUCAAAGUUUAUCUAACGAACAGCACGACUACGAUGAGUCCAAAACCCACUACCAUCGUCUACGGCAUAAGAAACCGAAAUAUACUGCAAGUAACAACAUGAUGCCUUAUGCCAACGGAUACGAUUACAAUUACAACGAUGACAGCUGUGUGUGUUCCUGUGACAAAUGUUCCUUGGGAAAACCGUGCUGCAGAGACUUCUGUCUAAACUGUCAAGCGAUGAAUCAGCCUAAUCUAUAUUACCUGAACUUCGCGAUCCCCCAGUACGCUCCAGCUGCGCCACAAAUUCCGCCUCUGUAUCCCUAUCCAAUGGACACUCCCAAUUCAACAUCGGCAGGACAAAUAAUUUUCACUACAGCUCAACUGCCUGAAGAAGUGUUUACCACAACAACUACCCCUAUCCCAUCUCCCAGUCCAUCAAGACUUUCCACAACAACUGAAGCAGGUUCACCCACACCCUCAACAACGACGAGUGACUCUCGUCGUGAAGCUGUCAUAGAAGUGAGUGAUAUUUACAUUAAUGAAAAUAUAGCAAGGAAUAAUGAUGCGAAGUACAUUUUGACGUCACUGCGUCGCACCAAGCCUUACUGGCAGGCGAACAGGGUUGUGCCCAUCCCGAACAAUCUAGCUGAAAAACUGAUGACUCAGAUGAAAGACGACACAAAACCUACGACGCGAAGAGUGUAUAGAUCUUAUUAGUACCGAAUGAAAUAUGAGUAUAUUUUUUUACUACAGACUAACUAUGUACUUACCUAGUUAGUGUUUAGGCUGAGAAAUUUGCUCCAUUAUUGUAAGUACUAUUUCGUAUUUUUUAUAAAAAUGUAACGUCUAGUAGAAAAAUCUUAAAAGUGAAAAUAAUGAGUACUUUUAUCCUAUUUGAAAAAAUAUAUAAAUACAUAGGUUAGAAAAUCCUCUUGCGAAGUUGCGGCAAAAAGGUACCAUUUGCCACUAGCUUUUGCUAACACAAUGAAAUUAUAUUUUUUGUUAGCUAAACUUUAUAUUAAGGAAUAAAUUGUUCCAUAUUCACUCGAUAAUGUUAGAUUUCUUCAGUUCACCGACACUACUAUUACCAAAAGAAAAUAUUUUUAUGUAAGCACAAGCUGUUUUUUUUUGCUAGAAAUUUUUAGUGAAAUUAUUGACGUCAGUUGAGCAAGAAACAUAGAUUAUUUGAUCUAUUCUUCUAUAAUUAUUAUUUUUUCUCACUCAUUUGAAUGAGAAAAUAAAAUAAAUCGUAUGAGACGUCUUCGAUGAAUACGGAACAACCCAGUGUGGGCAUCUUAAUGUAGUUGUUGAUUUUGAAUAGAAUUUUAAAAAAGUUUAUUAUGCUAUCGCUUACUCGAUUAUGCAUUAAUUAGGUAACUAAUAACCUAACACAGAAACAAAGUUAAAUCAACCCUUCUUACUUAUAAUCUGCGUUGCAUUGUGAAAAUAAGCUACGUAAAAACGCUUUCUGCGUUAAAUUUGUAAUUUUGUAACAAAGCAACAUAAACGUAUAAAUAACAUGUAAAAUAUUUUUUGAAUAAAUUUUAUACUAGC